UAGGGUUGCACUGUCUGUGUCAAUCUCUCUGCUCUCUGUGUCUCUGGUCUCUGUAUCUGUCCUGCGCCGGCGUCCCCCGUGAGCCCGUCCAGGCGUCGAUAUCCUCCUCCUCCUCCUCCUCCUCCUCUCAGGCUCUCCAUUGCCGUCGCCCCUCUCAGCUCGGCCGCCUGCGCGUCUCAGCCCUCCCUCUCAGCGACUUUCAGCCCUCGCCGUCCUUCUGUCCCUCCCAGUGGAUCACAGUGGUGUGGCCGUGGGGGACUUGGAGACUUUGAGGGUUCUUUCAAUUGAAGAUAACCUAAGUGAAGAAAAUUGGUAAAGGACAUGGAGAUUGGCGAGGCAGACAACCCUGCAGACAUGCUCAAGGGUCUCCAGGUCACAUCCUAUGACAACGAAAAUGAUGAUGAUGAUGAUGAUGCAGAACCAGUAGAAGAAGACCCAAUUGAUGAAGAGGACGAAGAUGACGAUGGAGAUGAGGAACAAGAACCAGUAACUUUAGGGUUUUUAGAGAAACCAAAGAAUAAUUGGUCUCUGCUUCGCCAGCUGUUCCCCAGCAAAGCUGGUGGUGUUCCGGCAUGGUUGGUCCCAGAUGAAUUGCCCUCGGGUAGGGCUUGUGUUUGUGAUAUAUGUGGAGAACCUCUGCAAUUUCUGCUCCAGGUCUAUGCGCCACUCUCUGAUAAAGAAUCCACAUUUCAUCGGAUACUAUACUUGUUCAUGUGUCCAUCUAUGGCCUGUCUGCUUCGAGAUCAGCACGAACAAUGGAAGCGGUGUCCCGAAGAAGCAUUUCGAAGUGUGAAGGUCUUUCGUAGCCAAUUGCCCCGAUAUAAUGCUUACUACUCAAGUGAUCCACCCAAACAUGAUGGAACUGACAAACCUUCUAGUAGCGGAGCUGCACUUUGUGAUUGGUGCGGUACAUGGAAAGGAAAUAAAGUAUGUGGUAAUUGCAAAAGAGUCCGAUACUGCUCAGAGAAGCACCAGGUUAUGCAUUGGCGGUCGGGUCAUAAAGCUGCUUGUCAACGUCUGAGCAUCUCACCUGAAUUAUCCGAGUCUAGUCCCAGAACUGGAGAGACUGCUUCAGCUAAAAUACAAAGUGCUGCAAGCAAGAAUUUGUGGCCUGAGUUUGAGAUUGUCAAUGAGGAUGAAAGUGAAUAUGAUGCUGAGAUGUCCGAUGAUAAUAGUAAUGCAAACGCUCUGGUAUCAUCAAAGAACAAUGAAAUGGAUGAAUCAAUGAAGUCCCUUAUAAACAGUUUUGAGGGGGAUGGUGAUAGAAGAAGUUGGGCCACCUUCCAAGAACGUAUUUCCAAAGCCCCCGAGCAGAUCCUAAGAUAUUGUCGCAAUGUGAGCACGAAGCCUUUGUGGCCCAUGUUGAGUGGGCUGCCAUCUAGGGCCGAUAUUCCAAGAUGCAGCUACUGCGGUGGCCCCCGGUGUUUUGAGUUCCAGGUACUGCCUCAGCUGCUUUACUAUUUUGGCGUAAAGAAUGAUGCAGACUCGCUUGAUUGGGCUAUCAUUGUUGUCUACACCUGUGAGGCCUCGUGCGAAGGAAGCUUGGCUUACAAGGAAGAGGUCGCUUGGGUACAACUCGCUGCUCCGACAUCUUCCCCCAUCUCUUGAUCUCCCGUUUGCAAUUUUGCCUCUUGUCAUCUCUAGGCUUAACACUUUUCUAGUAAAAUUUACUUCUUUUGUUUCUUUUGCGGGUGUGAAAGAGCAAACUAUUAUCAUUAGCAUAGAAACAGAAGGAAAACCAGAGUUUUGUUUCUCUUAGCACGAGCUUUAUGUAGUGUUUUGUAUUUGAAGUUGCCUCUUUUUGCACUGUAUUUCCCUGCGAACUCAAGACGGACUGAAUCAGCAUAUUUGCGAUUGAUCGGUGAUCACGAA